AUGGCUGGAUAUGGCAGUCCCAAGGAAUCCUUUCUGCACCGAUGGCCCUCGGUGAGCGCCAUGUCCCUCCGGAGCCUUGUCGGGCUGUGGCUGGGGAAUUUGACGUCCGCGAGAAUCCUCCGGAGAAACCCGUCGUGUUCUGGAGCGUUCGACGGCUUCCAGGCGUUAAUCGAGUUCAGCCGCAAGGCUGCCCAUGUGGUUCAGCGCUGGCUAGUCCAUCAGGACAGUAGCGUGAGCUCUGAGAGGCUGGACCCAACCCGGGGAGUGUGGCACUAUGAUGACAGAGCCGACGCUGCGACCAGUUUCCUGCGGGCUGCGCGCUCAGGUAACCUGGACAAGGCCCUGGACCACAUCAAGAACGGCAUUGACAUCAACACAGCCAACCAGAAUGGUCUUAACGGGUUACACCUGGCCUCUAAAGAGGGCCACGCUCAAAAUGGUGCUGGAGCUACUACAUGCUGAAUCGUCUUGGAAACCACAACCAAGAAAGGAAACACUGCCCUCCACAUAGCCGCGCUAGCAGGCCAGGAGAGAGUGGUGGCUGAGCUUGCCAACUAUGGAGCCAACGUCAAUGCUCAGUCACAGAAAGGCUUCAGUCCCCUCUAUAUGGCAGCACAAGAAAACCAUUUAGAGGUUGUCAAAUUCCUGCUUGAAAACGGAGCCAAUCAGGAGGUGAGGGAAGACGGCUUCACCCCCCUGGCCGUAGCCCUGCAGCAGGGCCACGAGAACGUGGUGGCCCUGCUCAUCAACUACGGGACCAAGGGCAAGGUUCGCCUCCCCGCGCUUCACAUCGCCGCCCGCAACGACGACACGCGCACCGCCGCUGUGCUUUUGCAGAACGACCCCAACGCAGAUGUCCUUAGCAAGACUGGCUUCACGCCCCUCCACAUCGCUGCUCACUACGAGAACCUGAGCGUUGCCCAGUUGCUGCUCAACAGAGGAGCCAUGGUCAACUUCACCCCCAAGAAUGGUAUCACCCCUCUGCACAUAGCCUCCAGGAGGGGCAAUGUGAUCAUGGUCAGACUACUGCUGGACAGAGGGGCGCAAAUAGACGCCAAGACUAAGGACGAGCUGACCCCGCUCCACUGUGCUGCCAGGAACGGUCAUGUGCGCAUCAUCGAGAUCCUGCUGGACCAGGGAGCUCCCAUCCAGGCCAAAACCAAGAACGGCCUGUCCCCCAUCCACAUGGCGGCCCAGGGCGACCACAUGGACUGCGUCAGGCAGCUGCUCCAGUACAACGCGGAGAUCGACGACAUCACCCUGGACCACCUGACCCCCCUCCACGUGGCUGCCCACUGCGGUCACCACCGCAUGGCCAAAGUGCUGCUGGACAAGGGGGCCAAGGCCAACGCCCGCGCUCUGAAUGGCUUCACGCCGCUCCACAUCGCUUGCAAGAAGAACCACAUGCGCUCCAUGGACCUGCUGCUGAAACACUCUGCGUCCCUGGAGGCCGUCACGGAGUCUGGCCACCCUCUGCACGUAGCAGCCUUCAUGGGCCACCUGAACAUAGUCAAGAACCUUCUGCAGAGAGGUGCCUCCCCCAAUGCUUCCAACGUGAAAGUGGAGACGCCCCUCCACAUGGCGUCCAGGGCGGGCCACUGCGAGGUGGCUCUGUUCCUGCUCCAGAACACCGCCCAGGUGGACGCCAAGGCCAAGGACGACCAGACGCCGCUGCACUGUGCGGCCCGCAUGGGUCACAAGGAGCUGGUGAAACUGCUGCUGGAGCACAAGGCCAAUCCAGACUCGGCCACCACGGCCGGCCACACCCCCCUGCACAUCGCCGCCCGCGAGGGCCACGCGCUCACCACCCGCAUCCUGCUGGACGGAGCCGCCCAACAGACCAAAAUGACCAAGAAAGGCUUCACUGCUCUCCGUGCGUCUAAGUACGGCAAGGUGGAUGUGUCCGAGCUGCUCCUGGAGCGAGGAGCCAAUCCCAACGCAGCAGGAAAGAACGGUCUGACUCCCUUACACGUGGCCGUUCAUCACAACAACCUGGAUGUGGUCAAGCUGCUGGAGCAAGGAGGCUCCGCACACAGCACUGCCCGGAACGGCUACACCCCCCUGCACAUCGCCGCCAAGCAGAACCAGAUGGAGGUGGCUACCUGUCUGCUGCAGCACGGUGCCUCUGCCAACGCAGAGUCCCUGCAGGGGAUAACCCCCCUGCACCUGGCAUCCCGAGGACGCCCAGACAUGGUGGCCUUGCUCAUUUCCAAACAGGCCAACGUCAACCUGGGCAACAAG